CGAAGUUUGGAGAAGCAGAGCCGAAUGACAUGUGAAAGACACGGGUCAUGCCAAGGCCACGGGAAGAGGAGCAUGUGAUAUUUGUUGCCCGUUGUGCAGACCACCCAAAGAUGUCUCCAUCGCUUUCCAAUCGCCGUCAAACCCCCUCAGUUGUGUUUUGCUAGCUACUGCCAAAGUCGUCGUCGACUUGCGCGGGAGCUCCGCCGACGUCAGUGCAACAAUGGAAUCGCAACGCCAAGCGCCGCCCGGAUACGCCUAUUCUCACCAUCCCGACAACCUCAAACUGCCAUCCGUACCCCAGCAAGAGCUUCACACGAGCCAUGCGCCUGCCGAUAUCACCCUCCCCGACCUGAAGUCUGUUCUUGCCGACCUCCCUUCAAAGAAUCUUCACUCCAAUGGUACACUCAACGCAGCCGCCGCGAGAGACAUGGACGCCCAAAUGAGCAUGCCUCGCACCAGCAUUGAGUCCGACGCAGCUAGCAACAUGAGCAUGGAUGACGGAACACAACGCUCGACCAGUGUGUCUAUGGACGAUCCAGAUGUUCGUCUUGCUGCCGAAGCCCUGUCUGGUCUCGGAAACCCUGACUUUGCUCGCUCACCCAAGACCCGAGCAUCAGCCUCUCGGACUAGUAUCACAGGCGCCUCCACUUCUUCAAAUAAGGACCUUGAACCAUUACUGGACCUCCUGGUUGACGCCCAUCCAUGGGUAGGGAACACAGUAAAUGGCAGUUUGUCCGCGUACAAUGCGACAAAGAACUUCUCACCUCGUAUCGUUCGAUACGGAGUACAUCUGGUCGAGAGGAAUGUCGGCUCCCCCGUAGCCAGCACUGUCGGUAACCUCGGUAGACGUACCGGUGUUGAGGGAGGCAUCAGACGCUAUCUCGACAGCCGAAGGCCCAGCUCUCCAGCCAUGGAUCCUACACAUGGAAGUAAACGUCGAAGAGUGACCACAGAUGACAUGGAAAUCGAUCGUACAGAGCCAGCCCUGCAAGAUUCGCAAGAGUUUCUGCCUGCCUACCAGGCCAGCAAGCCACCAUCCUAUAGGGAAGAGGUCAGCCCUCAUGGCUCAGAGAGGAGUCGAGCUGUCGAGAGGCCUCCCAUCAAUCGAAGCUGGUCGACCAAGAUCUUCAUCUCAACUUCUGCUCUUGGAGUAGCGCUUAGCGACUCUUCUUUGCGAAGCCUCCAAUACUGUGUCAAGCUUCUCUCUUCGGCCACUGAACACGUCGAGAGUGUGAUGAACGCGUUGAAGAUGGUCUUACAUGAGUACGACCAAUCGCAGGAGUCAUCACAACAAGAUCGAGCUAGACGAGAGAAAGAGACGGAGGCUGGUAUCGUAAUUGAGAUACAGAGCGGCAACCGACGUGAUCAGUCAACGGAAAUGCUUGCCAGACGGAUCAAAUCGCUCUGUGAUGACAUUUGGCACACUAUCCAAACCGUCGUCAACUCUGUCUCAACCUAUGCUGGAGGCGCUCUCCCUGAGAACGCCCGAAACAUUGUCAAGGGCCAAUUGCUUUCCAUUCCUCAAAGAUGGAGAUGUGCCACACAAUCGGCAGAGGCAACCUCGCCGUCUCAACCGCCCACCAAAGCCGACGGUGGCGAAGAUGGCAAGGCCAUCGACGGCCAAGGUGCAGACGAAAACACCCGCAAAGCAGCACAUCGCAUGAUCGCCUUCGCAACCGAAGGUCUGGACAUGAUGGCGCAAGUCAACAACGUUGUCGGUAUCACUCUGCAAAGCGCCGAGAACUGGCUGCAAAGCCUCGGUAGAAACAACCGCGAGGAAGAAAUGAUGGAUGCCGAUGACCCGAAGGACUCUUCGACCUAGAGUAAGAGACGGCCAACGCGUGAUAUCAUAUCUUUUCUUGCAACAUAAAAGCAGCCACGAGUCCACGAAAGUAUUUCAUAUCUGAUUCUUGAGCAACAAAGAAAACCGAUGAAUAUUUAGCUCUGAGACGUAGAUGUCUAGGUCCACUUUCGACCAGGCGAUUGGGAAUCUUUGAGUCCGAUUUUCUGCUGUAUGAUGUC